AAGCACAAUUACUGAAAAGAAACACGUGCGCGAGAAGAUAGCGUUGCAAUAUGCACAGUUCGAACUCUGAGAGUCAAUGUCAACUACCAGAUCGACUCGAAUCAGCUUCACAACUGUACGAUCGGACUGAAUUCGGAAGAAGAAAUUGAUUGGAUUACGGAUCGGAGACAUGAGGCAGCAGCUACUGUUGGCGUUCAAAUUCCUAACCCUAGCCGGAGUUUACUUCUUCACUCGCUCCCGCACGCCCAAGCACAAGCUCACAGAUCCCGACAAAUCCAUGGUUGUAGUGUUCCUGCUCGAGUAUCUCAAGCGGGUUCUGCUCUACAACGCCAAGUUGAUCCGCGACGGCAAGAGUCAGGUCGAAAUUUUGGACAACGACAUCCGCCUCCUCAAAGCGCUCCUCAAGGACUCCGCGAGGAUUCGCCACAAAGACGAGGUGGUCAAGGAGUUUAUAGUCGAGAUUCGCGACGUGGUGCGCGACGGCGAUGAUGUAAUCGUUGGGUAUUUGAAUCAGGCGGCGGAGGUUAGGGCGCGGAAUUUCUUCCAGAGAGCUUUUGGUGGACAGAUUAAGCUCAUCGGCGUUUCGAAAGAGGUUGGGGCUAUGAGGGCGAGAGUGAAGAAUAUAUUCGGCAGGAGCAAGGCUGUGUUCGCCGUCCGGCAGAUCGGACCGCCGCCGGAGUAGGGUUCCGGCGGAUGAGAGAAAUAGGCAUAUAAUGCGCAGCAGCACACUUUGACAGGAUUGAAUCGGUAUGGUGGCUAUCAGACAUCAUCACUUUCACUUCAUUCGGGACAGUCUUGAGUGGCAAAAUUACGAUGAACAGGUUUCUAGGUUUGGAAAGUCCAUUGAACAUAGUGAGUGGUGGGUUUGAACAAGGGAGUGGUUGUUAGUAGAGAUUGCUUUUGAUUGCAAUUUGCUCGGCUACUAGCUAAGUGUUCAGGAUCUCUCCCGUUUUCUAAUUCUUGUUGCAGUGACGAAAGGGAUUGGUCACACAAAUUACUGUAAUCUGUUGAGUUGUGAAGGUUUGCAAAAUGUAAAAUAUGGCUUCUCAAUGUGAGAAAUGUAUUCUUCCACUUAGAUAAUGGUUUGAAUGGAUUCCAUAAGCUGUGAAUAUUCAAUAUUUUGGCUCCGGGACUACGUCUGUUAUUGUAAUUACUAAUUAGUAUAUCAA